AUGUGUAAUAAGUUUAAAGCGAUCAAUAUGGAUGACACUUCUUUAGGAUCUAUUGAUUCUAAAAGUGUUAUGUUUCUUACAGCUAGCCCUUCAUAAUUCAAAACAAUAUCUUAGGUAAGUCUUUCAAGGAAGAUUUCUAAAUUGGAACCAUUAAUAGUAGAAAAAGAUAAACGAAACGAUUCAAGAAGUUAAGAAAGGGGAUUAUUAAAGGAUCUAGGAGUUAGUUAAGUUUUAGAUUGGAAAUCAUUUAUGGAAAAAGACGCUGAAUAAAUCAAAGAAUUUAAUGAAACGACUUAGAAGUUUAGAAGAAGUUCAAUAUAAUCUUAAAAUUCUUAAAUUUUCCUAUCUCCCUAGAAAACAGACAAAUAAAAUCCAUCAUAAUUUGAAGGUCGUAGAUCCUCAAUUAAUUUAAAGACUUUUGACAGUGAUGACUUUCUCGAAAAAAUGAAAUUAGGCAAGUAAUACAAAUUUUAAAUUCUAGUAAACAGUUACCAAAUUUGACAACUACAGAGUUUAUGAAGUGUGUUAGAUAAAAAGAAAAAUUAACAGAAUAUGCUAAAGUUUAUUAAUAAUCUCCAGAAAACUUAUAUCUUAAACUUAAUAAUUGUAUUAUUUAUUUUUUUUUUAUUGAUUAGCAUAGAAUUUUGUACCAAAAAUUUUUGGAUUAGUGUCUCCUUUAGGUAGUCCCUUGACUCAAGUAAAUGCAUCUAGAUAUCUCAGAAAUAUUGAUGAUUGUAGAGUUUAUGCUGAAGCUAUGGCAACAACUUAAUCAUAGGGUAUUUAGAAGAUGUAAUUGAACAGUAACAUUUAUGAACCAAGAUAAUUUAAAGAAUUAUUGAUUAGCUUUCCUAAUACAGUAAGGGAAUUAGAAUUAAAAGAUUGUAAAUUAAAUUUUAAGCAUGUUGAUACUUUAAUGGCUUAUAUUAACAAGAAUUUGAUUUUAAAAUUAAAUUUAGAAUAGAAUUUACUUAGAGAUUAAGGUUGUAAUAUGUUGAUUAAACAUCUAAUGAAUAAUAAUACAUUGUAAUGUUUAAAUUUAUGCAAUAAUAAAAUAACAGAAUCUUCAAGUGCUGCUUUGAGUAAUUUCUUAAAAUAAUCCUAAAGACUUUUAGAAUUAUAUUUGGGAUUUAAUAAUCUUUAAAUUAAUGGAAGUAUAUAAAUUUGGAAGGCUAUGUAUAAGAAUACAAGUAUAAAGAUAUUAGACAUGUCUCAUAAUGCAAUAGCAUCUUUGGAAUGUGCAUAGGCUAUAGCCAAAGCAUUGUCUCGUCCUUAUAAUGAAUUAGUUCAUAUAGAUUUAAGAUACAAUAAAUUUAAUCAAUAAUAAAGUGAAAUUAUUGCUGAGGGAUUGAUAAAAAAUGAAACAAUCUAUGGUUUUCAUUUUGAAGGUAAUUAUUAGGAUAUAAUUGUGAAUCCAAAUGGAUUUUUAAUUAAUAGAAGAGAAGAAAUUAAAUAAAAAUAAAAGAAAAUAGAUUUAUUAAAUAAACAACAAUAAUAUUUUAAAUUGUUAGAUGAAGAAAAAAUAGAAAGUUCAAAUAAUUUAAAAACUGAUGAUGAUUUGUGUCUAGCUUAUCAUAGAAGUAGAAGAAUGAAAUCAACUGAAUUAAACAAAUAAAAAAUAAAUAUGAUAAAUAAAUUGGAUGUUUGUUGGAUAUGUGAAGGUUGGUAAGAAAUUAAAUUCACAUGGAAUCCAAAAUCUGGUUCAUUAAAAACUGAACCAAUUUUCAUUCAUUUUGAUUUUGAUGACUAUAAACCAUAUUUAAUGACCUUUUUAAAUGGGGAAUUCUUUUUUGUAAAGAUGUGCCCCCCUAAUAGAUCAAUUAAAUACUUCUUUACAAAUCCUAUUCUAGGAAUUUAAUGUAUUGCAGAAGACUAAAGUGUAUUAUCCCUUAAUCAACCACUCCCUUCAAUACCUUUUCUAUACAAUAAUGAGAUAUUAGUAGAUGGAAAUACUAUGCAAAUCAUUAAUGAAUUAAUAUCACCUAAUAAUCAAAAUUUAUUCGAUAGAUAUGUUCCUUUGGUUUAAUGUAAACCAAGAGAAAAGAUGGCCUUAUUCGAUUUUUCUCCAUAUUUGAAUAUUGCUUCCACUAAAUGGUCAGUAGAAACAUCAAUAUUCAGAUACUUUCCACCAGAUACUAAUAAAUUAAUUGAGGAAUGUUUUGAAUUCGAUUACUAAAACUCAAAAAUCAAUAGAUUGGUAAAAGAAACAGAAUUAUAGGAAGUCAAAGAAAUAUUAAAGUAAUUUUAUUUUUAGCUAUUUAAUUGUUACAAGUAUUUUGCAUCAGGAAAUCCAACUGCUCCUGUAUUAUAUUAAUAAUAUACUAGAUCCCUUGUUUAGGACCAACUGAUUAUGUUGAAUUUUUAAUUUCCAAUGAAAUUAUGGAAGGAGUGAAACCAAAUGAUAUUGAUAUUGGUUUUACUUCAACUGCAGGAGCUAAAGAUGUUUCCUUCCCUUAAGCAUAUGAAAAAGGAAUUGUGAGAUGUCAGUUAAUGGAAGUAUUAGUUCGAUUUUGUAAUGAUAAAUAUAUUAGAAGUGGACUGUGUCAAACUAUGACUGAAGGAUUAUCAUCAUUACAGUAAUAAUGCAAUGAAUUUUUAUCAAAAUUUGAUUCAUCCUAAUCUUGGAGGAAGAUGAGAUUGUGGAAUGAAAAAUGUGACAUUCUUAUUCAUGAUAGAAUGCCCAUGAUUAAAUGUCUUUAUAAAUAUACUUGUAAAUUAAGUAAGAAACCCUAGCAAUAUAAAUAUGAUUAUGUUUCUUCUUAAGAUUUCAAAGACUUAUUGAAAUAAUCAAAUGUUAUUUGUGAUGAAUUAACAGACAGAGAAUGUUACCUUGCUUAUUUAUAAAGUAUGAUAACUUAAAAAGAUGAGUUAUUCUAACCAAAACAUUAUUAAAUGACUCUUUAUGAAUUUAUAGAAGCCUUAGCAAGAAUAGCUGAAAAAGUGUCAAUUAUAAGAGGUGAGAAAGUACUUGAGAUUGAAAAUAGAAGAGCUUAAGAUUUGCAAGAUAAAAUAUCAGGAUUACUUCUUUUGAUGUAUCUGACACUUAUAGAUGAAAUUAAAAAAGCUUUACCAAAUGAACCAGAUGUAAAACAUCUUGAAAAGUGUAUGAACAAUGAUUUUAGAUCCAAAAAAUAAAAACUUGAAGAUUCUUUUACUGAUGGAGAUGAACCUCCUUAUGAUGUUAAGGUUGAAUUACCUAUAUUAAUCGCCUAAGUUCCAAAUCUAUAAGGUAAUUUAAAUGGGCCUGCUAAGAGAAUGACUAUUCGUAACAUCAAAUUGCUUAAGCCUUCUACUACCAAAUACUCUCUCACAAAUUUUGUACAAUUCUUUAUUAGCUUAAAUGAAAGAAGCUGA